AUGGCAGACGAUAAGGAAACACCCGCGGAAGGGGAGGUGGUGGAAUCCCUCAUCCAGGGACGCGCGAGACGAAGUACAGCAGGGCGCCAUAUGUCCGCCCUUCUGAACGCGGAGGCAGACGACGAGCUCGCGCUACUGUUCGAGGAAGUAGACGACGACAACGAAUUCUCAAUCAACGCAGAGGAAGAAGCAGGAGAAGAGGAUGACUUGGCUUUGGACUCAUCCUCCGACGAUGAUGAAGACCAAGGCCCGAAUGCGCGCGACGAUGAUCUCGAAGGCGAGAAGGAGAUCGAAAAGGAAGCCAAGGCCGACCGACAGAAACGCAAAGCACGCGAAGAUCUACGAUUGAGGCUGGCCCGGAAAAAGGUCAAGAUCGAUACCCCCGCCGUCUCCGCAGUACCUGCCCCUCGACCCAAGAAGAAAUCAGAACGUAUCUCGUGGCUUCCCACGGUCGAAGAUGGACCUACGCGGUCGUCCUCGCGUCGUCAGACGAUGCAGAACAAACAACUUACGCAUGCGCGGCUCAAGGAUAGCGAGGAGAAACGUAUCCGGCUCAUCGCGACUAUGGAAGAAGCAGCUAAGAGGAAGGCGCAUCUGAAACCAAGGCAGAUGACGCAGGCGGACCGUCUAGCGGAAGCUGAAAGGGUGGAAAGGUUGAAUAGCAAGAGUCUGAGCCGAUGGGAAGAGAUGGAGAAAAGGAAGGCUAAGGAGAGACGGGCCAAGAUCGAGGCGCUGCAGAACCGUCGUCUGGAGGGGCCGGUCAUAUCCUACUGGAGCGGCAUCGCUACAUGGGUCAAUGGCCGUUUGACGCGCGUGGGCAAAGUUGAUAUUACACCGAAACCCGAGAAGGAGGAGACUACGCGCAAGAAAAGCAAGAAGACGGAGAAGGAGGAGAAGAGUACGACCGAGAAACCUGCUGAGAGUGCUCCUGCGGUGCCUGCUACUUCGCAGGCCGAUUCUCUAGAAACGUCUACGCCUAAAGAGACAUCUGGUCAAGGAGAUUUUGUGAAGGCUCCUCAGAAAGCAGAGGAGACAAUUGCCGUUCCUCAAGAUCAAGACAAAGAAAAAGCCACGACGACAUCUGAGCCUACGAAUACCACCUCCGCUCCCGGAAAAUCUACAAUUUCAGAGGGCUCUGCAGCUACAGCGGAAUCUGCGAAACCCAUCUCACCAGCUGAAUCAACAGCAGCACCCGUUGAGGCAAAUACGGAGAAGGCUCCUGAUACAGAGUUGCUAAAAAUAAAGACAGAGACGUCUAAGGAACCGGUCGAAGUCGAAAGUAAAACUACUGAUGAGGCCCCGCGGGAAAAAGAGGCGGCAGCAGCCGGCUCAAAAACGCCGGGCGAAGCACCGAAGGAUCCGACACAGGCUACAGCGCAAGUACCGGAAGAGAGACCCGCGCCGAAUCCCGACCAGUCGAAGCCGGAAGUGCCGCUGUCGGGAGCCCAGCCGGAUGAUGCUUCUAAGACAACGGAUGCUGAAGCGUCCACGAACGAGAAACCCGCGGCUGAGUCUAAAGUGACCCCUCCUGCUACUUCUCCUCGGCCAGCUACCCAAGAUCCCGCUGCCGCGCCCACGCAGACAGGCCAGCAAGAGGAAGCAAAAGUGUCGGCAUCAACAGAGCAGGAGCAAGUAGCGCCUGAGGUACAAGUGGAUCAGCCUGCUUUCUCGAGUGACGGCGCACCACAACCCCAAGUCCCUGUUCCGCUUCCGGUGGUCGAGCAAACGGGUCGAUGUCUGACAAUUCUCGAAAACUUUGAUGAGGAGACUGCACAGAGUCGCGAGUUUAGCAUUUAUUUCAAUUCCAAAAAGCCUCCCAGGCUGACCAAAAUCUCCUCGUCACUCUGUGUUAUCACGUCUCUUCCUUCACGUUAUCGGGAUCCUGAAACCUCUCUCCCUUUUGCUAACGCAUAUGCAUAUCGAGAAAUCCGACGGAGUGUCGCCCAAAAGUCUGCCUGGAGUCCCAUGCUAGGCUGUUAUGUUGGCCCCGUAGGCGUUGCGGCGCGUGGUGUCCCAGAGCGGUUCCUCAAUCCUAACGCCCCACGUGAAGCUCAACAGAGCGAGAAGAAAGAAGGCAAGGACGGUGAGGAAGGACCUGCAUCUGCUGCUCCUGCAGGGAAGCCAGAGGGAAGCGAAAUGAAGACUCCUGGAGGUGUUUCCAAUCCGCCUGCGCCAGCCGCUCCUGCUACACCAACGCCUGUGGCAGCGGGUGGCGGGGAUCCCAUGGACAUUGAUAAACCAUGA